GCAAGUGAGUUGUCGAAAGCGAUCAAAGACGACACAAAGCACAUCCCGGCCAUGCGAUCAAUCCUUGAGGAAUCAGAGCAGAAAGCGUUUGUCAAUUGGAUCUCUUUAUCAAAUCAUCCUGCCGAAUACGCCUCAAUCUUGAAGGACCGGCAAAAGGGUACUGCAGAGUGGUUCGUGCCCUCUCGCGAAGUCGAUGUUUGGCUCAACAAGCCAAAGACAACGCUUCUUUGCCACGGGAACCUAGGAACAGGCAAAUCCAUGAUAUCGGCCGUUGCGAUCGAGCACCUGCUGCGAACGGCCCGAAACGAUACCGUGGGUGUGGCCUGGAUAUUCAUCCACCACAACACACAAAAUGAUGACGAAGUUGCUGAGUUGCUGGCAGCUCUACUCAAACAACUCAUUCAGGUUCACCCAGAAAUAGCAGCGUCCGCAGCACUACUGUACAAGAAGCAUGCCAAAGAGGAAAAAAAGCUGUCGGUCAACGAAAUCUUCAGUGCGCUCAAAUCUGCUGUCGUGGCCCUAUCGACAGUAUACAUCAUAGUCGAUGCGUUGGAUGAGUGUGUUAACGACAGCAAACGCGAGCAACUUGUAGAGCAUCUCCAAAUCCUACAGUCACAGGCCGAUGUUCGAUUGAUGAUAACGUCACGAAUAAUCACAAAUUCGCUGCGAGGGGCGGUAAAGCUCGAAGUAAAAGCAAAACCCCAAGAUAUCAAGCGCUAUGUUGCUGGGAAGAUUGAUCAGCUACCCGACUGCAUCCAGCGUGACGCCAUGUUGCAAGUGCGAGUUCAAGAGAAGGUUGCAGACGCUGUAGGAGACAUGUUCCUCCUCGCUACACUUCAUGUUGACAAACUGCGUGCGCAAUUGACGAAAAAGAAUGUCAUCACUACCCUAAAUAGCCUAUCACAUAGCUCCCUCAACGAAGCGUACCAGGAUGUCUUCAAAAGAAUCGAAAAUCAAGGACCAGAACGAGCGGCACUAGCAAAACGCGUCCUAUCCUGGAUUACGCUAGCACGUCGUCCCAUGACUGCACCUGAGCUGCUUUGUGCUUUGGCUGUAGAAUUGGAGACACAGUCUCUAGACGUGGACAACCUGCUCGACAUCGGACAGAUACAGUCGAUUUGCGCGGGAUUAAUCGACGUCGAAGAGAAACGCCUCAUAGUUGGACUGAGGCACAACACCGCGCAGACUUACCUCGAAAGCAUCAUCGAUAAGUGGAAUCCUCGCGCCCGAGUGGAAAUCGCGGAGACUUGUCUUACAUAUCUAUCUUUCGAUACGUUCCGAACUGGCAGGUGUCUGAGCCAAGAAGCAUUGCAGAGACGAUUCCGAGAGAACGACUUCUUCAUGUACGCCGCCGAGCACUGGAGUGAGCAUGUACGUACCGUCCAAGAGGAAGUCGGCGAACUGGCGUGUUCAUUCCUUCUUCACAAAGGCUUGUAUGAGAGUGCUGCACAAACGACGUACAUCAUGCAAAACCUACGAUGGAGGCGACGAAUUCUACGCAAACUUGAUAUUUCUUUCUUCAAGGCGAUGACAGCCCUCCAAUACGUAGCCUAUGAAGGACUGUGCGGCAUCAUGGAAGGGAUUUUGAAGGACGUGGUACGGGCACUGCUUGACUUUGGCGUUUCGGUCAACUCGGUAGAUUCAAAUUCACAACCUGCAUUCAUCAAUGCGGUCCUAUCUGGAAACGCAGAGGUUGUGCGGUUACUGCUCGACUAUGGCGCGGACGUUGGAUUUAUCGAGCCCGGUCAACCGAAUGGUACAGCCCUUUUGGCAGCUACACUGACUGGAGAUGCGCACAUUGUCAGGAUGCUGCUUGAAGCCGGCGCGGACAUUGGCAUCGGAACAGAUUUCUACGACAAUCCUAUUGUAGCAGCCGCGGAAGCGAACAACAAGGAGAUCAUGGACAUAUUGCUC